AGGAGCCUGCCGCGAGUGCUGACGAGAUAGGGUUUCACCAUGUUGACCAGGCUGGUCUCGAACUCCUGACCUCAGGUGAUCCGCCCACCUCAGCCUCCCAAAGUACCAGGAUUACAGGUGUGAGCCACUGUGCCCGGCCGGCACCAAAACUUGCACCUGUCCUAAAUAUGGAGCUUCAGUGCAAGUGGCCUCCCAGAGACAUCUUUGACUUUUUAAAAAAUCUAGUUAUUGGGUCCUGGGAGGGAUCUUCCUGUUUGGGGGUAAUGUGGCCCCAAGAAGGAUCUCUGGGCUCACCUGGGUUAUUUAGGUGGUCCGUGUGUCCCACCCACUGGAGCCCUCGACCUGGGAGGAGAGUCUCCACCUCUGGUCUGCAGCAGGGGCAGGACAUGGGUGACAGUGGCCUGGAGGGCAAUGCAGAGAGAGGAUUCUAGGACAGGUGGCAGGUGGGGGGAGAGUGUGGCAGGUUCCCACAAACAUCCACUGGGGUUGUGGGCACUUGCAGGCCGUGCUUCCCCAGAGUGGGGUCCAGCAGCAAACCCAGGGUCUCCCUGGAACCUGGAAGCAUCGUCCUCUGCAGAUUCCAAAGGCCUUUUCUCCAGGCCGAGGCUGCAGGGCUGCUGUCUGCCUCUUUACCUGGCUUCUAGGCCGCCAGGAAGCUGGCUGGGGCCACCGGCCGGCACUGCCUCCCUCUCUCUAUGGACGUCCGAGCGCCCCCAGAUGUCAUGGCCGCCGUGGACCAGGCUCUGAAGGAGUUUGGCAGAAUCGACAUUCUCAUUAACUGUGCGGCUGGGAACUUCCUGUGCCCCGCUGGCGCCUUGUCCUUCAACGCCUUCAAGACCGUGAUGGACAUCGACACCAGUGGCACCUUCAACGUGUCUCGUGUGCUCUAUGAGAAGUUCUUCCGGGACCAUGGAGGGGUGAUCGUGAACAUCACUGCCACCCUGGGGAACCGGGGGCAGGCGCUCCAGGUGCAUGCCGGCUCCGCCAAGGCUGCUGUGGACGCGAUGACGCGGCACUUGGCUGUGGAGUGGGGUCCCCAAAAUAUCCGCGUCAACAGCCUCGCCCCUGGCCCCAUCAGUGGCACGGAGGGGCUCCGGCGACUGGGUAAGGCUCUCAGGGAGCCCAGGCCUCCCACAGAUCCUGCCCUGGGGCACAGGGUGCCCAUGGAAGCUUCCAGAACUUUGGCAGGGGGUGGCCCUCAGGCCAGCCUGAGCACCAAGGUCACUGCCAGCCCGCUGCAGAGGCUGGGGAACAAGACUGAGAUCGCACACAGCGUGCUCUACCUGGCUAGCCCUCUGGCUUCCUACGUGACGGGGGCCGUGCUGGUGGCCGAUGGCGGGGCAUGGUUGACGUUCCCAAACGAUGUCAAAGGGCUGGCAGAUUUCGCAUCCUUCUCUGCUAAGCUCUAGGAUUCUUCCGGCUGCUGCUUCCCGCCACCUCACACAGCCAGGUGGAGAGCACCAAUCUGAACCAGCAAUGCCUGCAGCCCAGCCCCUCCUCUGAACACUUAGCUAUUACUGCACUCUCCCUCCCCACGACCCCAACUCUAGGGCAGGAGCAACUGGACAGUGGGCCUGGCCCGUGGAGCUGCCACGCAGGUGCCUGAGGGCCAGGUGCCACGCAGGUGGUGGGGGUACAGACAAGAUGCUGGGAUGUCCCCUGCCCCAUGGUCAAGGGUGUCCUUCCUGCCUGGGUCCAGGGCCUGAGGGAGCCACAUGGAUCCUGAGACUUGUGUUCUCUUGGCUGAAAACACUGAGGUGCUCCCGUCUGUGCAUGGUCCACGAGCUGGGACGGCCCUCCAGCUGCCCACAAGGUCUGCCCCUCUGUCUCUGCACCACCUGUUUGCAUAAACACACUUUGCUACAAUCUUGCUAGUGCAUUUUCUUAAAAGAUAAUCUAUUUACUGUAAAAAUAAAUUGGGACUUUGCAAAAGCUUUUAGAAGGAAAAGAAAGAGGAUUAAAGAGAAUUGCUUGUGAUCUUGUCA